AUGGCCGACGAGCAGCGCCCGCUCAAGCGCGUUCGACAGGCCUGUGAACCCUGCCGGCGGAAAAAGUCGCGCUGUCCGGGCGAGAAGCCCGUGUGCUCUUUCUGUGAGCGGCUGGGUCAGCAAUGCGUUUAUGCGCCGGGGGAUGGGCUUGAGAUGCCCGCGGCAGAUAUUGCGAAACGGCUGUCGAGCGUUGAGGAUAAGCUGGAGGAGCUUGCGCGGAACUUAAGACCGCACACAUCAACGCCGGCUGAAGUCUCGCGGCCGGCGCUCGUCCAGCACGAGCUGCCGAACCUCCAGCAGAAUGAUCUCUCAACUGUUGCGCAUCUCUUCCUCACCUGCUGCAACUACCAGCCUCUCCCGCUGUUCCACCCGGACACCUUCGUCGAGACCCUGGAGGCUCGCGACCCCGAGCUGAUUCUCGCAAUCCACGCCAUCGGUCUUCGGUUCGGCCGGAGUCCUGAUGGGAGUGACUUGCGUCCUUACAUCACGGACUGUGCGCGGCGGGCUCGGAGCCUUGUUAUGGAGCGCGUUGGCCGCGGGCCGUUGGAGCUCUCGACUCUGCAGACGCUUUGUCUUUUGGCGUUGUUUGAUUUCACUGCGGGUGAUACCGUCCAGGCUGGGCUGCAUCUUAAUAUGGCGACGUAUCUGGCGCAGAGCGUUAAUACGUCGGGGGAAGCUUUGGGGGCGUUGCAUUCUGAUCCGGACGAGAAGCGGAGGUGUCUUUGGAGUAUUUACUUCCUUCAAAACCUUCAAGGGGAUGGGGUAUCAGCGGCGCGGCUUAUUGCGGGUGUUCGCACGCCCUUCAAUACCUGGUCGGGAUUCUCUCCUACCUUUACCCUGAGCUCCAUGGCAGAACAUGGACAGGCUGUGUCGCCCAGAGAGGACCUCGAUCUAGUUUCCUAUGCUAUCCAGGUGGGUGAAGUCUGGAACAUGGCCAUGGCAUACGCCGCGAGUCGUGUCGAGCCAAAUGCACCGGCUCCCUGGUCGCCGCACUCUGACUAUUCCAUCGUUACCUACCGCCAUAUGGAGUUCGACAGCCAGGUACCGUUGAAGUACCGCUACGAUGCCAACAGAUUCCACGAGCACCGCCUGCACGAGCUGAACCAACGGCGUGAGUUCUGGGGCCCGUGGCUGUUUACACAGUUCCUCUACCUGGCUAUUCCGUGCCUUCUGAACCACCCGUUUCUGCUAUCACGGCGGCUGCGCAGUUUCCGACAUACCAUGCCGCAGUCAUUCAUUCGACAGUCCUUCGAGACCAUUACCAACAACGCCGCGUGGAUCCUCCAUCUGAUUGAUCUAAUUGAGCACAAGGGAUUCGAAGUCUGCGACCCACUGCUGGCGCAUUGCGUGCUUAUCGUGGCCACGAUCCACCUCCAACAUAGUUUCGUGGACGACCCGAGCUUUCGGGAGAAGGCGCGGCGUGGCUUCACUAAAUGUGUCCGGUUCCUCCAUCCAUUGGCGCAGCGAUGGCCACACGUCCAGAACAUGAUUGACCGACUCACGCGCCUUCGAGAAAACGUCUCCGCCGGCGACCCCCAAGCCCCCCAUUCGCGGCAAGCGUGGACCACCAACGCUCAACUCCUAUGGGAGCUGCUAGUCUACGACCGGGCAAGUCGCUCUCCUCUACCGAGUCAACUCCUCGGACCGACUCUUUCAGACUCUUCCGCACGCCAGACCGCGCGAAUGACGCCUGAUCCGAACUUCCCUCUCGUAGGGUCCGCAGGAAUUACAGGCCACAAGACCGUCGCAAAAGAGAUCUACACGCAUCCUCCGGAGACGGUGACAACGCCGCCAGCAGUUCAAGCGGAGCCCCCGGCUGCGGCUGUGCCAUCGAUAGACCUCGACCCGUUCGGUAUGAUUUCGGACCCCACGUUGGAAGGAAUCACGGACCAUAUGUUUUUGGAACCUGAGAGCUACGGACGAGCCAUUCAGGACUGGUGGGAAGGAGACAUUAUGAUCUAG